AUGUUUCAAGUCGAUUCUCAACGACCUACUGUAACGAUCGCUGCCUUUACUCAUGGCACCUUUAACUCAAAAAAGAAGAAAAAAAUAAAAUUUAACAGCUUCACGCAAGAUGAUGACAAGAAAAAGAAAAGAUUCUUGGUAGCCCGGACUGAUACGUGUUGUUAUGUUGGAAAUAAUUUUCAGGACAUGUUUAGAGCUUCAAAAAUGUGCAGUUAUUAUGUUGGAGUAUUGAAUAAAUCUACUGGAAAGAUGCAAAUCUGUGAUGCGGAUCUUGUCCAUCUGAAUCCAAAUUUUCCAAAAGUUGAACAUAAAAGAGAAGAAAAUUCUAAUCUUUCAAAAUUUGAUAGAACCAAUCGUAAUAUUGUUGAAGGAGAAGUUCUAAAGGAAGCCAUUGAUGGAGCUUUGAAAGAUACUGUGCUGCCAGAACAUCAUGGCCUUAUUGACACCUGGAAAAAAAGGGACGUGUCUGUAGUACCUGAAUUGCUUCCUGUUUGUAAUGUCCGAGCAACUUCUGUGGAUGAUGUCUACAAGUUAGAGAAUAUUAUUAGCCCAUCUGAUAUGGAAAAUUUAACAAAAUAUUCUCAAGAAAUUUUUAAUGUAAAAUCAGACGAUAUGGCUGACAUAGUUAGACAAGAGAAGUAUUGUCAAUUUGUAUUGGAUCAUCUGCUAAAAUUACCUGAAGACUCGAUAGAAAGACAGAAGAUGGCAAACUGCUUGUUGUAUUUCCAGUAUUUGGUGACAUUGUAUCAUAUGAAAAAUGCUGAAUUGAAUACAAAUCAAUUUUUCAAAAUAUUUCCUGAAUUUCUCAAUGAAACUUUUCUUAAUUACGCAUUCUUUUCACAAACAAUAAGUGCUCGAGGACGUCAGGAAAGGAAAUUCUCUUCAUAUCAGAAAGACAAAAUUGCUAUUUAUGUAAUUGUCCUUGCAUUGAUAGUGGAUGAUUUUAAAACUCCAUGUUUUACAAUCAUGAAAGAUUUAAGGAUGGGACGUAUAAAGGUGUCCAAAUUGUUUGGUUAUGUUGGCUGCAAGAUAACAGGAAAAUUGACAGGAGAAAAUAAAACUUGUGCAGAAUUAACUGUACCUGUUCAGCUGAAGGUUGUUGUCAGAAAAAGAUCAAGAAAUACUUAA